AUUCCUGUUUUGGGACCCAGACACCCUUGGCAAGACGCAGAGUAUGUCAACAGAACAGGAGAACAAGUCAGGAUUCAGCCUUCAGAGCCCAACGGAGCUGGAACAAUGGAGGCAGCCGGGGUUCAAAGUAGAGGGCCCAGCCACAGCAGGCUUCGGCCUGGAUGAGGAAUUGGGGGGCUUGAGAAGAUCUCCUCUUGUCACUCAGGGUGAGAAUAUCGAGGGAUUUGUGCAGAGGAGGCCAGAGGGACAGGUCAAACAGGAACCAGGUGAGGGUUCACUUCAGCAGUGGGAAGUCCAGUGGCAGGAGUUUCUGAAGAUGGUGGAUUCCCCUCACAAAGGCUGGCGAAUACCACAGUUACUGAGGGAGCCCACACCGUGGGACGACACGAAAGCCUUCCUGACCUCCUUCGAGCAGGUGGCAGAAGCCUGCCAGUGGCCCAAGGAUGAGUGGGCAGCCCGACUUCUGCCGGCCCUCAGUGGGGAAGUGGAGCAGGCCUUCAGCACCUUGGAGGCCAACGACAGAGAAGAUUAUGGGAAAGUGAAGGCAACCAUCUUGCGAUGGGACACCUUGACCAGGGAGAGGUGGCGCCAACAUUUCCGGCAUUUCCGCUACCAGGAGGCUGAGGGGCCACGGGGACUCUACAGCUGCCUCCAGGAACUUUGCCAUCAGUGGCUGAAGGUGGAGAGGCACUCGAAGGAGCAGAUCAUGGAGCUGCUGAUCCUAGAGCAGCUCUUGACCGUCCUCCCCACACAGAUCCAGAGCUGGGUGAGGCAGCACGGCCCCGAGAGCUGUUCCCAGGCAGUGGCCCUGGCAGAGGAGUUCCUGCAGCUGCAACGGGAGGCUGACAAGAGACCUGAGCAACAAGAGCCAACAGCAGUGGUGGCUGACCCCCUCUCCGAGCCGGAGCAGGCGCCAGUGGACACGGAGACAAGGCAGCUGUGUGGAGAGGCGAAACAGGAAGCAGACGACGGAGAUACAAGCUCACACAGGGAGCAGUUGGGGGUUGAUGCAUGGGAGCAUGAGGACAAGGGAGAGCCAAGCAGGGCCUCCUCAGAAACAGCAGAGUGCAAAGAGACGGAAGAGAGCAUUGGGAAUCCAGAGGGACUAGAGAGGCGAGAAGAAAAGCAGCCAAUGGAGAAAUGGAAGACAAAAGCCGUUGCGGAUGAUCGUGGCGACCCUCAGCCCAAAAAACACAAAGGGAAAAGAUGGAUUAAAUGUCCCGCCUGUGGAAAACUCUUUUGCCGUCAAACCAGCUUUAAUGCGCACUGGAGAGUCCACACGGGGGAAAAAACAAGCACGAGUUUGACCUUCGGGAAGAGCUUCAGCUGGAGCAUAAGCCUCACCACACAUCAGAGGAUUAAAACAGGGGAAAAGCCAUACCAGUGCCCAAACUGCGACAAGAGCUUUUCCGAUCAGCCGAGGCUUAAAAGGCACCAGAGAAUCCACACUGGGGAGAAACCUUACAAAUGUUCGUACUGCGGGAAGACCUUCAGCCAGAGGCACCACUGUGCAUCCCAUGAGAGAAUCCAUACAGGAGAGAAGCCAUACCACUGCGUGGACUGCAGCAAGAGCUUUUGUACAAAGUCGAGCCUUAACGCACAUCGAAGAAUCCACACUGGGGAGAAACCACAUAAAUGCCUGGAGUGUGGAAAGAGCUUCAGUAAGAGCACCAACCUGACUUCGCACAAAAGGCUGCACACAGGAGAAAAGCCCUACAAGUGCUUGGUGUGUGGAAGGAGCUUCAGCCGGAGUGAACAUCUCACCUCACACCAGAGGAUCCACACAGGGGAGAAACCAUACAUCUGCUCCUACUGUAGCAAGAACUUCUGCAGUAAAUCCAGCCUGAAGGCACAUCAGAGAAUCCACACAGGGGAGAAGCCAUACAAAUGUUUGGAGUGCGGCAAAUGCUUCCGAUGGAGCACCUAUCUUGCUUCACAUCAAGAAAUCCACAAAGGGGAGAAGCCAUACAAAUGUUCGGAAUGUGGGAAAGACACUCACCUUCCUUCUCAUCAAGACAUCCUCUCAGAGAUUUUCCCACUCAGGACUGAGUCACAAAUCAAGGUUCUGACGAGUCAUGACUACCGGGUGCUGACCCAGACUCUCGCCAUAGUCCGAAUACUCUAUGUGAAUCCUCUGAGGGCAGGAAAUGCUGGGCUGUUCAGGAAAGCCUUCAUUGCAGUUUACAGUUUUAAACGGCCUCUCCCCCGUGUGGAUUCUUUGGUGGGAAGUCAGGAAAUCCUCAGCCAGGGCCACUGCUUGGGAACAGGUCUCCGGGCCACGUUCCCUCACCCAGCUCUGGAUCUCUGGGGGCAGGACAGUCAGGAACUGCUCCAGGAUCAACAGCUCCAGAAUCUGCUCCUUGGAGUGCCUCUCGACCUUCAGCCACCGUCGGCAGAGUUCCUGGAGUUGGUUAUAAACCCCUCUCGGGCCCUCGGCCUCCUGCCUGUUAAAGGCCUGCUUGGCUUCUCCACUGAGGGCUGGCAGGAGCCGGGUCACCCAUUCUUCCCUGGGCCACCGGCAGGCUUCAGCCACUUGCUCGAAGGAGGCCAGGAAGGCCUUGGCGUCAUCCCAGGUUGCCAGCUCUGCAACCAGGCGGCCAUGGUACUCAACAAAUUAUGGAUCAUGACUCUAGACGUCCCUGCUACAAACCACAGCGAGUACAAACUGUGGUUUAGUUUGAAAUUUCCACUGUGGUGCCAACCAGCACAUUUCAGGAGAACAGCUGUUGAGAGCUUGUGCCCUAAACAAGAGGACACAACUAGAUUCCCAGUUUCUGUUGGUGGAGAAUCUCCACAGACUUACAGCGUGGAAGGCUAUGGCGAUACAGAAGAAGACAUUCUCAGAGAAGAUGUCCUUGGAAGAGAAAUGCGACGCCAGCGCUUCAGGCAGUUCCAGUACCAGGAGGCUGAGGGACCUCACAGAGUUUGCUGCCAACUCUGGGAUCUCUGCCAUCAGUGGCUGGAGCCACAGAACCACAACAAGGCGCAGAUCCUGGAGCUGGUCACCCUAGAACAGUUCCUGACUGUCCUUCCAGCAGAAAUCCAGGGCUGGGUGAGGGAACGGGACCCUGAGAGCUGUGCCCAAGCAGUGGCCCUGGCUGAGGAGUUCCUGCAAAUGCAACUAGAGUCUGAAGAAGAAGAGAAUCAGGGCCAUUCCGAAGAGAUUGUGGAUCCCCUCAAGGAAGUUCCGUCGGAUGCUGGGCUGCAAGCUGCUUUGUUCAAGCAGGAACCUGGCGGGAAUGAGAAUACACAAGGUGACAUGAAAGUGGAGGAAAUGACUCAUCAAAAAAGUUCUGAUCAAGCAGAAACCCCCUUGGAAUUCACUAUGGAAGAAGCUGUUGGGUGUUACGAGCAGGGGACAGUCCCUGAGAGUCAACAGAACCUUCCCUGUGAGAAAGGAAGCUGUACAGAGGAGAACUCUGGUGAGCUCCUCCAAAGCGUAGGCAGACAGGUAAUCCAGAAGGGUGGGGAUGCAUUUAGUCUGAACCCAGCCCUCACAGGACCCCUGACAAUGAACACAGAAGAGAAACGGUAUAAAUGUUUGAUCUGUGGGAAAAGCUUCAACGUGAGAUCAGGCUUGAAAGCCCAUGAGAGGACUCACACUGGCGAGAAGCCGUACCAGUGCUCAGACUGUGGGAGACGUUUCAGUGUGAGCUCCAGUCUGAGUGUCCAUAAGAGGACACACACAGGAGAGAAACCGCACCAGUGCCCACAGUGUGGGAAGGGCUUCACUGUCAGCUCGGCCCUGAAGCGGCACUACCGGACGCACACAGGGGAGAAGCCUUAUGAGUGCUUAGUCUGUGGGAUGACAUUCUGUCAGAAGGCCGGCCUGCUCAUUCACCAGAGAAUCCACACAGGGGAUAAACCCUGCCAGUGCUCGCUCUGCGGCCUAAGCUUCAGCGACACCUCAGGCCUUUUCAUACAUUUCCAGAUUCACAAGGGAGAGAAACCAUACCAGUGCUUCGAGUGCGGCAAAAGCUUCUACCAAAGGCGAGACUUCCUUAACCAUCAGAGGAUCCACCGGGGAGACAGACCUUACAAAUGCACCGAGUGCGAGAAAAGCUUCAGCGUGAGCUCUCACCUGAAGAAACACCAGAGGAUCCACACGGGGGAGCGGCCAUUCCAGUGCCUGCAGUGCGGGAAACGUUUUUGUAUGAGCACGGACCUCAUUAUCCAUGAGAGGGCCCAUGCCGGAGACAAGCCAUACCAAUGCUCCUUCUGCGGGAAGAGAUUCUGCCGCAGUUCAGAGGUGGUGAGCCACGAGAGAAUCCACACAGGGGAGAAGCCGUACAAGUGUCUGGAGUGCGGGAAAAGCUUCAGCGUGAGUUCACGCCUUAGCACCCACAAGAGAGUCCACACGGGCGAGAGGCCCUUCCAGUGCAUGGACUGCGAGAAAGCAUUCAGUUACAAAGCACACCUGGUCAUCCACCAGAGAAUCCACACAGGAGAAAGGCCAUAUGGAUGCUCAGUGUGUGGGAAAGCGUUCCGGGCAAGAACCUCCCUCAUGGCCCAUGAGAGAAUCCACACGGGCGAGAGGCCAUUCAAAUGCCUGGACUGCGGGAAAAGUUUCCUGAACAGCUCAAACCUCAUCAAUCACCAAAAAACCCACUCGGAAAGUAACAGACAAAUCAAGGAGGAUGAACACAAAAUCAAGAAGGCCAUCCUGCUGAGUAACUGCAGCAUUGCCACGCUACAGCUAGCGGAGGGCCUGGUCACACCAGAGAUGCUCGAGGCAUCUCCCUUCGACAAGAUCAUUGAGGCGCUGACCGGCCAUUUCAUCUCAAAGCCUACCGGCCAUUUCAUCUCAAAGCCUACUCUUCUCACUUGGAAGCUACAGUUCCUCAACAGCUUCCAGGAGCCAAAUGAGACCGUAGCGACCUUCCCAGCCCGCCUGCGAGUCUUGGGCACCCCCAGGGUACAGCCAUUCUUCAACGAUGUGCUGAUUGCGGCAGCCACCGAAGACAAAUUUGGCAACUGCCUCCAAAUGUUGUUACAGCGUUUCGAGGGGGCAGGGUUAAAGGUGGUAAAAGACAUUUUGACUUUUAAUAACUUGCUGUCGCACUUCGACGAGCAGCUACCCGUCGUGCUUGCGUGUGACGCCUUGCCUUACGUGUUGGCCCACAGGCUGCCAGAUGGGCACGAGGUCCUGGUAGCCUAUUAUCCAAGGACAUUACAAAAACCAGAGCGAAACUACGUUCAAAUAGACAAAGAGGGCCUGGCUAUCGUGGCAGGCGUAAAAAAAUUUCACCAUUACUUGUACGGCCGGCCCUUCAUUAUCUUGACAGACCACAAGCGCCUGUUGGGCCUGUUCGCCCUCGACCGACAAACGCCCCAGAUUCUUUCACCGCGGGUGUUGAGGUGGUCCAUCUUCCUAGCGGGUUACCUGUAUGACCUUAAGUACCGCCCUGGGAAAGCGAUGGGUCAUGCUGAUGCCCUGAGCCGCCUGCCGCUGUCCUCCAUGGACCAAUACCCGGCCCCGACGUUCCAGAAAAUUACGGUCACCGGCUACAGCCCAGCAGAGUUUCUCAUGAGCCGGCAGCUGACAACCCUCCUGGAUCGCAUACAUCUGGACCGUGUGGCCGAACUACAAGAGAAAGCCUUGCGAACACCAGCGAGGUCAACCUUGCCUUUUUUGCCCGGCAUCAAACCCAGUGGUUUUUCUUCGAGGUGGAAAUUAGGGGAGCAUGGAGUUCCUCAGGGCAUCUCUCCUUUCUCCUUUCCUCCGGCUGCAGGGAGAAUUGGGCUUUUGCACGUCUGCAGGACAGAUGCGAGGGAGAUGGGGAGUGAGAAGGACUCAGGAAGAAGAGUUGUGGGAAAAGACAAUGAUCUGCAGGUGGAAGCAAAAUUUAAGAAUGGAAAGAGCUUCUCUUCAAAGACCUAUCUACGUGAACAUCAAAAGAUUGACACAGGGGAGAAGCCCUAUAAAUGCUGGGAGUGUGGAAAGUGCUUCUCUCGGAAUCGCUAUCUAAUAGUACAUAAAACUAUUCAUAUUGGGAAGAAGCCGUAUAAAUGCUUGGUGUGUGGAAAGUGCUUCUCUUUUAAUGGUGACCUAACUAAACAUAAAAAGAUUCAUACAGGGGAGAAGCCAUAUAAAUGCUUGGAGUGUGGAAAGAACUUUUCUCAGAAUGGUAACCUAGCGAAGCAUCAAAGGAUUCAUACAGGGGAGAAACCAUAUAAAUGCUAUGAGUGUGGAAAGUCCUUCUGUCAAAAAGGUGGCUUAACUGUACAUCAGAAGGCUCAUACAGUGGAGAAGCCAUAUAAAUGCUUGGAAUGUGGAAAGAACUUUUCUGAGAAUAGCACCCUGACUGUACAUCAAAGGGUUCACACAGGGGAAAAGCCAUAUAAAUGCUUGGAGUGCGGAAAGAGAUUCUCUCACAAUGAAAACCUAACUGCACAUCAAAAGAUUCACUCAGGAGAGAAAACAUAUAAAUGUUUAGAAUGUGGAAAGUGCUUUGCUUGGAAGUGCAGCCUACCUGUACAUCAAAGGAUCCAUACAGGGGAGAAGCCAUAUACAUGCUUGGAGUGUGGAAAGUGCUUUUUUCGGAGUGACUGCUUAAUUACACACCAAAAGAUUCAUGUAGGGGAGAAACCAUAUAAAUGCUUGGAGUGUGACAAGUGCUUCUCUCACAAAAGUGGCCUAACUAAACACCAUAAGGUUCACACAGGGGAGAAGCCAUAUAAAUGCUUGGAGUGUGGAAAGUGCUUCUCUCAGAAUGGUGACCUAACUAAACACUAUAAGGUUCACACAAGGGAGAAGCUAUAUAAAUGCUUAGAGUGUGGAAAGUGCUUCACUCUGAACAGCAGCCUAACUGCACAUCAAAAGAUUCACACAGGAGAGAAACCAUAUAAAUGCUUGGAGUGUGGAAAGUGCUUCUACCAGAGUGGUGACCUAACUAAACAUCAUAAGAUUCACACAGGGGAGAAGCCAUAUAAAUGCUUGGAGUGUGGAAAGUGCUUCUAUCAAAAAGGCGGCUUAACUGGACAUCAGAAGGUUCACACAGGAGAGAAACCAUAUAAAUGCUUGAAGUGUGGAAAGUGCUUCUCUUGGCACAGCAGCCUAACUGUACAUCAAAAGGUUCACAGUGGAAAAGCCAUAUAA